CUAGGCGCGCGAGCACUACAUAUGUUUAAUGAAUUUGUUGUUUGUGUUGGUGCUUCGUCGUCGGCUUCAUUUUAAACGCGAUGUUUCGCGUUACAAGCGGAACAGCGCGCGAAGGAACGCCGUGUUCUCUCUGGCUCGUCCUUGAUUGUGCGUACAUACGUGUUUUUAUUUCCUCGCCACGCACCGUGCGCUUGCGAAAGGACAUCGCGGGUGGGAUUGUUUAGUCGGCCAGUGGAACCGUUGUCAUGGUGUUGACCCUGUUCAAACUUUUUUGACAGCUUGCGCAUCGUUGCGCUGCUCCGCUGCUAUCGCGAAUCGUUUGCUUUGCCUGUUUCGCUUGCCCGAAUGCCUCUGCGAUGUUCUCGUGCAGUUCCUUUGCGAGGUUUCGAGCCCGAAGCGACGCCUUCUCGUCGUGAGUUAACGAGUUUGCGUUCGGGGAGAGCAUGAUUCCGGGAAAUGAUGCUCGCAACCAGUUCCAGUCAUCGGAGCCGACGCACUGGGUUUCCAAGGCGCCCACGGGCUCGGAAGAUGUAAUCACGCUCACCAAAGCUCAGUUACAAAAGCUGCUUAGAGCACUGGAAGCUCAAGAGCCCUCUGAUACAAUAGCAACUGCCUCAGUGCCAACCAUCACCAAUGGCCUUAGUAAACUGCCCAUCUCAGGAGAUGACUGCUUGCCAAACUGGGUAAAACGCAACAGUGGAGCCCCCGCGGCACUCAGCACUCCAAUGAGUCAUCUCUCGCUGGCUUUUCUCAGCAGGCUUUCAAACUCGCAUCCGGAGCUCGGGACAGCAUCGAGCCGUCCUUUCUCCAAGCUGGCUCAGAAGCAGCGACAGUGGGAGAAGGAGAGAGCUGAAAUGCAGGAGUGGCAUCCUUGGGGGCGUCCUGGUGGAGGCGCACCCCGCUGCCAACCCGUGGCGGCUGUGCCACCGCGCACUGAUGCCCAGGUUCUGCGAGUGCAAGCGACCACAGCAGCGUCUUCCACCGGGGCCUACCCUUCACGCGCACCUUCUCCGCCAACUCUGCCGCACCUGCCGCCAAACGGAGGAGGGGUGAGCCCUACGUUUGUUCGCAGGGUACCCCCUUACCUUCGGAGUCAACUGCCAUUUGGGCCCGCUUACGAUGUUCAGGAGGACGAGAAGGAUGAAGCGAAGAGGCGUUGGAUUCAAGAGCUUGAGCACCAGCGUGAAGAGAACCACCGACGUGGCGUGGAGAACCGUCACGCAUCCCUGAGCAAUGGCUCCUGCUGGGCCGACAGCGAGUCUCUGGGGUCCGAGAAGUUGGUCAGACCGGGGGAGGAUUGCUCAGAGAGUGUGUGGUCCGUUACACGAGGCCAAGGUUACCGGCCCGGUACUGAUGCCAAGAUGUCGACGAAUGAUGAAAAGAGGAUAAGGGCGCUGGAAUACCAGCGAGCUAUUCAGGCCCAAAUGCAAGAGAAGCAGGAGCGGUUGCGUGCCGAGCGAGAGGCGAGGAUUCGGGAGGAGCGGGAGCAGGAGCGCCGCCUGGAGGAAGAACGGCGCAAGCUGGAACUCGAAUACCAGGAAGAGCAACGCAAACUGAGGGAGAAAAAGGAACGUGAAGAGAAGGCACGCCUUCUGCUGAUAACCAAAAUGCAACAGGCUACGGAGGAGGCAGAAGCUCUACGAAAAGCCAGGCGAAGCCAGAGGUUUCACCACUUGUCUCAGCCAGAUCAAGGGGCACAGCAGCUCGGCAACUUUGACUCCACGGGCUCGGUCGACGCCGACUUUUCCACGUCCCUGGAAAGGAUAUCAUCAUCCAUGGCUGGGAUAUCAAACAUCGCCAGUGAAGAACAGACCGAUCUAUCAACGCAGCAGAACCUCUCCUCUGCGCAGAUGUCCUCCCAGGCUAUGCUCCCAGUGCCUCAGCUGCAAACUUCGGUGCCAGCAACGAUGGCUCCCUCGGCUGCAGUGCGUCCUCUGCGAGGCGAUCACAGCAUCGCAGCCGGCAACAAAGUGCAGCGAGAAAUGUCCAGCCAGACGGACGGCAGCCUCUCCACCUCCGUCUGCUCCAGCCGCUGUUCCCUGCUCUCAUCUGCGGGAAUGGUGGAACUGAGCCCCUACAUCGAGAACAGGGUCCUGACGCCAACGAAAGUGCGCAUCGCUCAGCACGCCCUGCGAUCCCAGCAGCAGCGCUGUCGCGAGUUCGGCAUCCAGACGGACAUAUCGCUGCCCUGUGGAUGGAACCACAGUGUCCUUUGUGACAACACAACGCAGCUGGCUCAGGAGUUCGAGACAAGGAGCUGUCUCAGGGAGUUCCCACCUUACACGACUGCUGUCCGAAGACUCCAGCACAGCCUGCCAAUGAAGGGAGUUCAUAAAAAGCCUUCCGCCUAUACGCCAUCAGAGAACCUUCGUGAGUCGGCUACCGCGCAGCGAGCUCCCAUGGCUGUGAACAAAAACAGGGUAUCGAGUGUGCUUCCCGCUGCUAUUGCCCGAAGCAGUGCCCAGAAGCUGCAGGAGCUGCGAAGGCAGCACUCCGAACAGGAGUCCGGAGUGCGACGCCUGCGUGCGGCGUCCCAGUUUUCGUCGCAGGUCGUCGGCAGGGGCGGCAUUACUGAGAGGAACAGAGGCAGAGCUCCAGUCAGAGUUGCAGGUCAGGUGCCUCUUCAUUUCGAAGAAGAAGCCUUGCAGAAUACCACUCAGAGUGAAGAGGAAGACAGCACAAUCCGUGACAGUGUCUCGCAUCGUCCGGCCCACAGUCCUCCCAUCCCAGCACACCGCGAUAAGAUUCUGCUGCCGUCGCCGCACCGCUCCGAGAAAACCAACGUCUCAAACUCGUCGAACGUUUCCUCGGAAGUUUCGGUCACCCCCGGUAAAGGUUCGGCCACCCCAGGAAAAGUUGCGGAGACCCCUCCAGCCUCGAGGAAGCGCUGGCGGAGACAAGAGGUGUACGUGCCGCAGCAGCCAUUUGGGGAAACACGGUCACCGAAACUGAGUACGACGCCGAACCGCAGCAGAGUGGGAAACACUCCUGCCCGGGAUUUCCAGCUCCAGGGAAUCGUGGAGCGGCAGAGGUCGGUGAGCGUCACCGGGGCUCGGCGCAACCAGUCGCCGUCGCCAGACCGGCGAGCACAGCGCUCUUCUUCUCAGGAUCCAUUAGUUCAUCCCGAAUUGGUGACCAGCUGCCCGACCCGCCGGCAGGACAAGAUCUUGCAGCAGUUAUUUACACUCAGACAGGGACUGCUUAUCAAGCAACGGGAGAUGGAGAGCCACUUGGUAAAAGUGAAUCAGUGAUUGGUCUCGGGACACUCGCCAGCCUUCAUCUUCGUAGUAGUGUCGUCGUAGGUGUGCAUUCAUUGUAGCAGCAUGCUUUUUGUUUUGUCUUGUUUUUCAUGGGUGCAAGCAUGCAUUGCAGCCCAGCACAAACUUUCAAUGUUGCUCUGUGAGUGUGUGUAGAUGUUAGAGUGCUUUUAACAUAAAUGGGUACCACUGCCUUAACCUUACCUGACAUAGUAUACUACUUUUCUCAUAGGACUGCCCCAUUAACCCUAAGCGAAAUGUAGUCACCAUGUUGUUGAUGUCGAAGAACAUCCCUUUACUGUCAUCAUGUAAAAAACUACCUUUCAAGAAGUACCAUUGUGUUUUCAAAAUGGCUCUUCAUGUAACGCUUGUUACAUUACAUGUCUGUUGUUACUUCACUCUCGUUUUAGCUAAGAUGGCCUCUUUGUAUAACUUCAGUGUUCUUGGGGCUGUCAUUGUUUAUCACCUUUUAGUUGUUGUGCAAGUUGUGUAUUUACUGACCUUUACUCACGUGUAAAGUUUUUUUCUUUACAUGAAACAUUUACCUGCAUGUACAUAUGCAUCUCUACAGCAGGUAUACUUUCAACAUCACGGUUUUACAUUGAUUGCAAGCGUGAAUCCUUAGCUUAAAGUUUCGUGGUCUGUAUAGUAUGAAGUGACGUACUAAUAUAUAAUAGUGUUCUUCCAUCACAAAAUGUCUUGUUCUCAUCCCUAAAACAUUGUGUACCACAGUUUUUCAUAACUUGAAGUGAUACAUCUAAUUGCUUUGUGUCUGAACAUAUUUUUUUUUAUGCCAAAGGCAACCAUAUACUCCUUAUAAUUACCUUACUAGUCUUUCAUUUAACUGCAGGAUUUAUAGUUCUGUGUGUAUUACUUCGCACAGGACAGAGAUGGCCUGAUUGUCAGUAAUAGUUAAUAGCAAAUUAAUAGUUAUGUCAUGUCAAGUACAGGACCAGUGCUUGACAUGACUAUUAAUUUUGCUCCCGGUACAUUUUGACAAAGAAUGCGUGCCGUCCGUCUUGGUCAGUUUGUGUAUGUGCUUUAUAUGCCUACCUCGCCUUACCAUAAACAUUUAUGUGGACCUCUGUGGGAUGUGUUUAAUAGGUCUGUGGCAUGGAAUACGGUAGCUUGGGAAUGCCAACAUUCUGUAAAUAAAAAGCAUGGACUAAUGUCUGUCAGCCUGUGAAGAUUCCUACCUAAAUAAGCAUUACAUGUUUCUAAGUAUGUUUUUGGUGACACUUGUGCUGCCUGCUGACAAUGUCUGUGUGACCACCGUUGUGGCUUAGUGUUGUGCUGCUAAGCACGAGGGUGUGGGUUUUGUUUUCUUGCCAUGGUGGCCGCAUUUUGACCAGGGUAAAAUGCUAAAACACCGAUGUACAGUCAUGAGCAAUAUGAAAGGGAUCACCGAGUUCGUGUUUCAGAAAUGGUUAAUCGUGAUGUGCAGAUGCGAUUCUGUGUAUUGAUUUGCAAAAGAGACCUUUCCACUUGAAAAUUUCGAGUUGUGACCAUUUUAGCACUUGGCAACGGUGUUUAUAACAAUAGACUCUUGAAGGUAACUUCAUUGUUCCCUUUCAUAUUGCUCACAACUGUACUUAGACAUAAGUGCUUGUUAGGGAACCCCAAAUGUUCAAAAUUAAUUGUGAUGUUCCAUCUACAGCAGGGGUCUCAAACCCUUGACCUGCGGGCCACAUGCAGUCCUUAGACCUCUUGCUAGUGACAACUGACCUCGUCCCGUAUUUUCUUUAUCUUAGUAAGAAUAUUCAUGAGCUACACAGCCGUGACCAGUCUCGAGCAUGUUUCUCGUGAGGCACCCCAUGCGGUCAGCAUGUAUUAAAAUAUAACCGUGGGAUAAAAACUAUAGUUCAGAAUCGGCGUCAAGAUUUCAGUCGUUUUGGAGGUCAGUUUCGAUAUGUUUCUUGAAGCCUGACAUCUAAUCCCCUACAGAAAUGACCCACAUAUGACAUAUGUGAAAGGCCUUCUUUCAAAUGGCAAGAUUAGCUGGAACUUUGUUCAGACUCUUUCCCCCCACCCCCACUCCAACCUUCUUCACUUUCUCGGCCCAUGCGGGAGACUAAAUUUCGUGACUGCGGCCCGCAUGCCGAGGAGAGUUGAGACUCUUACUCUGCAGUAUGCCUCGUGAUAAUAUCGAAGUUUCGGCAUGCGAAACCCAGAGAAUUCAAUGAGAGUGUUAGAUAAUUGAAAAGAGCACUGUUUGAUCUGGAGCACAAGUAUUUUUUCUUUGCCAUAGAGAAGGCUGUUCAUUUGCUAACUCGUAAUGUGCCCAUGCUUUGGUAACUUAAGUUCAGCUAGUGUCUAACAAAUUGAUAUCUCCUUCUUCUCUGCAAAGGAUAGAUUCAGCCAGAAGUUACAGCCUAGUGUGCAUACAGUCACUUCUGCUGACUGUGCUUGACAGUUUUCACCAAGAUUCCUAACAGCAUUCUGCUUUGUUCUAGAAAGUUUGCGUUUGUGAAUCCUGGUGCAUGCUUGAAAAUUCAAGUUGAUCCACUGUAAAGGUCAGUGGUGUCUGCUAUAAGUGUACAUGUAGUAGGAGUAUUGCAGAAUUAACGUAAUGGGUACUCCAUGGCGUGAGACACACAAGUGGAUAAGAUCCAUUGUCAUGAUGCCCACCUUUACUUAAAGUCUUUACAGAAAAUGACUGCGUGAGCAGGUGUACAAGAAGAUACAACGGCAGGUGAAAUUUUCAUAGUCACAUAAGUCUUUUAAUCAUGAAGAAAUGAGGUGAAUGUGCAUAUUUAAAAAAAAUGUUGAAACCAAAUAUAUCACUCACAUAAUUAGAAGAAUCUCCGUGCCUUGUGCUUAGAGUGUUCUGUGUAUGUGUGAUUUUUUUCUGUAGUUAUCAAAGCAGGAUUUGUGCUAUGCUCAUUAUGUGGGACUAGUGAGCAUCAUUAUGAGGUCUGACCUUUUGUUUCAUUUUCAAAGAGUAUAACUUGUCACUUAAGUAUUAAAAUCUUUUUGGUAAAAAACGAAUUGGCUGUGAUGAACCAUCAUUGAGUCAAUGUCAAAUGUCAUGGUCCCCGUAUCUUCAGCUUAUAGUGAGCGAGUGCAAAUGAAGCUCAUAACAGUCUGUUAGUGGGAUUUACAUGAUUUGAUUGCUUUAAUGAUAACAUUUAGCAUCUGUUAAUUAUAAAUGAAACACAAGUAAGAAAAUUCCACAUGUUUGAAGCCUUCUCUUAUAUUCAUUUGCUAUUCGCUUUACAUAACAUUAUUAUAGGUGCUGCUUUCAAAAAAUAAAAUACUGAGUGGCUUACUUAAAGCAUAAUUUGAUAUCUGGUGGUCUCUUAUUAUUGUUUGCUUUUGUAGCAUAUCCAGUUGAUCAAAAUGUCAUGUAUUGAAGUUUUAUGGAAGUCUUGUAACGUGGCCAUAUUAGAGAAACCUCAUCAUUAUUUAAG